AUGACAGGUCGUAUCCGUCUCGGAAUCGUUGGUCUGUCGGCAGAUCCCAGUCAUUGCACCAAUUUCAUCCAUAAACUACCCCUAACAACGACUUCAUUGAGCAAAGACUAUGAAAUCGUUGCGUUGUCAAUGUCUUCGCCAGAGAAGGCCAUGGCAGCUGCUGCCGCCCAUGGUCUGCCGCGGGAGAAGGGUUACCAUAAGGUUGACGACCUAGCCAGAGAUCCCGACGUUGACUUAGUUGUUAUCUCGGUGAAGGUCCCUCGUCGUGCUGAGCUAGCGAUGGCUGCUAUUAAUGCAGGCAAGGAUAUAUACGUCGAAUGGCCCUUUGCAUCCAACUUGGCGGAGGCUGAAGCGUUGGCCAAACGAGCUCGCGAGCAUCAGAUCAAGAGCAUGGUCGGCCUUCAAACGAGGCUCGCUCCUCAGGUUCUGAGAAUGAAAGAAAUAAUUCAGACGGGGGCCUUGGGACGGAUCUUGGCUACCAACCUGGUGGUGACUGAUGACCUUUUCCUAAAGUUCCACGCCGACAAGAGACAUUCCCAUGAUAAAGAAAACGGUGCAAACAUCGUAACCAUUGCCGGUGGCCAUCUCAUCGACACCAUGGUAUUCCUCCUUGGCGAGUUUACCACUCUAAAUGCCCAAACGAGUAUGCAAUUUCCGAAACCAGUUCUCAGAGAUGCCCAAGGCAACCCAAAGACAGGUCAAUUCAAUGAUGCCCCGGACGCGUUCACCCUCCAUGGUAAAAUGGGAGACCAAAACAUUCCAACGUCAAUAUGCAUGUACUCACAUCCACCAACCACUCCGAAUUUAUUCCAGUGGAUUGUUACAGGAGAAAAGGGAUCUCUAAAGAUGGAAGGCCCCAGUUUGAUGAUUCAUGCUAUUCCGCCUUGCUUGUUCGAGACCGAUUCCGGGGAGGGGCCAGUUCACUGGAAGGAGAUCACCCUGGAAAACACUGCAUCCCAAGGAGCAGAGUACCAAGCGUGGCUGGAUAACGACAGGCCUCGGAUCGUAACACUCGAUGAUGCUGUGAUUCGAUAUCGCAUGAUUGACGCCAUAUUCAGGAGUUCCGAGACUGGAGAGUCUACAUCAUACAGCUAUAAAUAG